CUGAGGGUAACACGCAUGCCCAAAGUAGCACCACCGCACCACAUUCCCCGCUUCUCGCAAGCAAACAUCUAGGAGCAAGCCAAAUGAUUUAUGCUUUCUCCAUGCUCGCCUGAUUAAAACAACUUGGAUUUCUCGUUCCAAUCUUUACGAGGAGUAACAAUCUGACCGUGAAGCUGCAAUCAAUCUAUAUCGUGCUCGAUAGAUGCUCAUUUCCUCACCAUGGCAACAGAAGACAAGAAACCAGAGACUGACACCAAACCUCCAGUUGUUCCAUCAGCAUCUGCCAGUCAAAGCAAGUCUGCACCUGCCAAGCCAAACUACAGCCUGAAAUUCACAUUAGCGGGCCACACUAAAGCCGUCUCCUCCGUCAAAUUCAGUCCAAGUGGAGAAUGGCUCGCCAGCUCAUCUGCUGAUAAACUCAUCAAAAUCUGGGGGGCUUAUGACGGCAAGUUUGAGAAAACCAUAUCUGGACACAAACUUGGUAUAUCCGACGUGGCCUGGUCCUCUGACUCCAACCUCCUGGUGUCUGCGUCGGAUGACAAAACCCUCAAGAUCUGGGACGUGAGCUCGGGGAAAUGCUUAAAAACUCUAAAGGGUCACAGCAACUACGUCUUCUGCUGCAACUUCAACCCCCAGUCCAAUCUUAUCGUGUCGGGAUCGUUCGACGAAAGUGUAAGGAUAUGGGAUGUGAAGACCGGGAAGUGUUUGAAAACAUUACCGGCUCAUUCCGACCCUGUCUCGGCUGUUCAUUUCAACCGAGACGGCUCCCUGAUCGUGUCCAGUAGCUACGACGGCCUUUGCCGAAUCUGGGACACGGCAUCGGGCCAGUGUUUAAAGACACUCAUAGAUGACGACAACCCUCCUGUGUCAUUUGUGAAGUUCUCCCCCAACGGGAAAUACAUCCUGGCUGCUACGCUGGACAACACGCUGAAGCUGUGGGACUACAGCAAAGGAAAGUGCUUGAAAACCUACACCGGCCACAAAAAUGAGAAGUACUGCAUAUUCGCAAACUUCUCCGUCACCGGUGGAAAGUGGAUCGUGUCAGGCUCCGAGGACAACAUGGUUUAUAUCUGGAACCUGCAGACGAAGGAGAUUGUGCAGAAACUCCAGGGCCACACAGACGUCGUCAUUUCGACCGCCUGCCACCCGACAGAGAACAUCAUAGCAUCGGCGGCUUUAGAAAAUGACAAAACCAUCAAGCUAUGGAGAAGCGACUGCUAAGCCUUUUUUUUUUUUUUUUGAAUCUUUUGGGCCAUUAAUUUUUUUUUUUUACAUUUUCUUUCUGUUUCGUUGUAAGAAAAGAGGACUUGUAUUCUAACAGAGAGCUCCUGUGCGAUGCGAGGGCUUUCAGGUAAUGAAAUUGAGCAAGGAGAACCCAAACGAGACCCACCAGCCACGGACGGUAUCAGCCCAAACCACAGGCCCAUCUCACAUGCUCCACGUGUACGUCUACGUGCCAGAUCAUGUCCUCCACGGGGGGACGCUGGAGACUUUUGUCAUACUCUACAGUGUUGAUACUCUGUUCCGGUGCUUCAUUUUUUUUUUGACAUUUCAUUAACUCUGAUGUCACAGCUUGGUACCAACUCCCACACGUGCAUUUCUGGUUUUCAAUAAAUGUAAUGCUUAUUUGGCUUUUUUACAAUUGCCUUUUUAAUUUGUCUGUGUAAUUGUGUAGUGUUGUCUAAAUGGUGUCAUGGUGAUUUAACUUUGACAUCAUGCUUUAGGUAUAAAAAAGAAAUUGCAUCUAAGGAUCCUUGUGACUUUUAUUUAUUCAAGUGGCACUAUUUUGUUUUCUGAAACAACCAAUGCCAGAGCUCAUGUGUGCAUGGUGUGCCACAUAUUCAGAGUUUGUAAGUCCUAUUAGGGCAACAAACCUAGUGUUGGGCAAGGACGUGAAAAAGGAAAAAAAAAAAAGUUUGACAGUUACAAAAACAAUUCAAAUGUGAGGUCAUUUUUUUUACAUUUGUGUUGGAGAAGUUCAUUAAGUUGCCCCUCUUUGACAGUGACCAAAUGCAGUUAUGUUGUGUUCUAGAUUUGUACAUAUACCACUGACUAUUGUGGCUUUGUUGUCAUGGUCUCUUCUGCUUGAUUAGCUCUUACUGUAGCUCUGCACAGGAAGCCAGCAGCGUCUGUCCUCUGUAGCUGAUCUGGAGUUUUAUGGAAUACAUGUUUGCAUUUGACAGCUAUAACCUGUGACUUAAUAAAACCAGUUUUUGUAUGUUUCA